UGAGGACGUGCCAGACGGCGUGGUACGUGCUACCUCUGUACUUAUCUGUUUCCGUUUAUUCGUCACCCUCUCGUGUACGUUACUCGUGUUUAAAAGGCUUUGGGACCCAAUCAGUGUGGCAGACCGUUACUAAUGUUAGAGUAAGUCCAGUCGAACGAUGUGAUAUACAGGCUUAUGACUUGUGAACCAGCUGCUUGCUAACGUUACUACUUUAGCUUGUGAAGCUCAGCUGGUACCGUAAGCUGUUAACCUUACCAAAUACGAUUUGUACGUAUUAAGACCCAGUUAAACAGCAAGAUAACGGUUGCUCUUGCUAAUUUGUUACGUCCUCGAGGAUACUCUUGAUUUGAAGAAAAAAAAAGUUAGAAUACGUGUUAGACGGGUCACCCAAUUGCUAGGGAAGAGAUUGGUGACCUUCCUUGACAGCUGGGAGUGUGUCAGACUUCUUGCCUGGGAAUGGACAUUAACUACAUCUGGCCAGUAUACUGAAAUGAUCCAAUUUGUCAGCUCUGCAGAGUAGGGCAUUUGUAAUUAUUGACUCUCUGUUAGUUUCAGUGGUGUUCACUAAAAGAAUGUCUCGCCGCUCUGUGGUAAACUUGUUGUGCUUUGGGAAUCGAGCUGUCAACCUGCUGUAUGGAGGUUCACUUCGCCCCCUAGUCACUUCAGUGUGUAAAGUUUCAACACAGGCUAAAGUUGGAUUCAAACCUGAAAAAGUAGCAGUGGUUACAAAGACUACGCGAUAUGAGUUUGAACAGCAGCGGUAUCGUUAUGCAGGGCUAUCUGAAGAAGAUCUAAAACAGCUGCUUGCUAUGAAGGGCUCCAGCUACAGUGGAUUGCUGGAAAGACACAAGAUCCACACUAACAAUGUAGAACAUAUUGUGAAGAGCCUGCAGACAGAAGGCAUUGAUGUACGAGUUGUGAAGAGAGGAGAAUAUGAUGAAGAGGUAGUGCGAUGGGCAGAUGCCAUCAUUUCUGCUGGAGGUGAUGGAACAAUGCUGCUUGUUGCCAGUAAGGUUUUUAGCAAGGACAAACCAGUUGUUGGAGUAAACACAGACCCUGAAAGGUCAGAAGGUCAUCUGUGCCUACCUGUGCGUUACACUCGUGCCUUCCCUGAGGCACUGGAGAAACUCUGCCGUGGUGAGUUCAGGUGGCUGUGGCGUCAGAGAAUCCGUCUGUACUUAGAUGGCACAGGAAUAAAUCCAACCCCCGUAGACUUGCACGAACAACAGCUAAGCCUGGAGCAGCACAGCCAAGCUCACCGCAUCACUACCAUGGACAGCCAGCCGAGAACACUACAAAAGAGCUUCUCCAAGCCUAGCCUCCUUCCCAUUAGAAGCCUGAAUGAAAUCUUCAUCGGAGAAUCUUUGUCCUCCAGGGCAUCCUACUACGAGAUCUCCGUGGAUGAUGGCCCAUGGGAAAAACAGAAGAGUUCAGGAAUCAGCAUUUGCACAGGAACAGGAUCCAAAGCCUGGUCCUACAACAUCAACAAACUUGCAGAACAAGCAGUGGCGGAUGUCUUAAAAAUUGGAAAGUCCCAGACGGGUCUUAAAAUCCCCCUUAGCCAAGAAUUUAUUGAAAAAGUUACUGACGAAUACAACGAGUCUCUGGUGUUCAGUCCAGACGACAGCCGUUUGUUCUUUAGCAUCAGGGAGCCCAUCGUCAAUAGAGUCUUCUCCAGCAGCCGGCAGAGAGGCUUCACCAGCAAGGUGUGUGUCCGCUCUCGGUGUUGGGAUGCCUGCAUGGUGGUGGAUGGAGGGACUUCCUUUGAGUUCAACGACGGUGCCAUUGCUACAAUCAGCAUGAGUGAGGAGGACCAGCUCCGGACAGUUGUUCUAGAAAACUGAGACAAGUCAGGAGCAUAUAACACUUGAGUUGUUAUUGCUUUAGCCAGCUGUGUUCAAAAGCUCAGAGUUUGAAGGUCAAUGUGAUCAAAGGGACACAACAGUUUUUAGCUGUUAGCUGGUAGUGUUGAAUAUUUUUAUACCUGGGAAAAAAAGGUGUUGUUGCUAUUGUUUUAUCAACUUUGCUUAUUUUCAAUAUAUAUAUUUUCUUUUUGAACUCCAAGCCACUGUUCCCAAGCUUUUGUGUUAUAAGCACUGUAUGGGAACUGUCAGAUAUAUUCAUUUGCCAUAAACUGCCUGUCACUGCACCAAAUUCAGUGUACCUAAACUCAUACCACUUAAAGGAAAUUAAAUUUCUUUUAAGUUAAUAUCAAAAAGUUAAUUCUUUUUGGAUAAAACCAUCUACGACAUACAGACUUUGUAGCCAAUGAGGAAAUUCUUAGACGAUCUUCAAACACAUGCAUCUAAUACACCUGCAGUUGUAGCACACAUAGUAACAAAUCUGUCCAUGCAAAUACAAAACCACACCUCACAAGGUAAAUGGGAAUAUCAGCCAUGCUAUUCUGGCUGAAAAAGUUAGUUAUUCUUAUAGAAAACAUUGAUUGUUGUAAAUAUGUAUCUACUUUAAAUUAAAAUUCAAUCAAAGCGGUGACUAGCCAUUGAAACAGAACCUGGAUGCUAUACAUGUCUAUUUGGGAAUCAGGUAAUUUUUUCUACUAGGAGUCAUCCUAACAUACAGUUCCCAAUAAGACUUGCUCACAGUACUCAUGUAAUUGCUCACAAAUUGUCUUUUGGAGACAGUGUUCAGUGUUGUGUUGAUCCAUAUUUUCUGGUUCUUGUGAAUGUUUUAGGUAACAGGGCAGUGUAUGUGAGACAGAGUUUAAUAAACUAGAGUGUUCAUAGUAA